UAUGUGGUUUUGUGGAGUAAAGUGUAAAGUGUAAAGCUGUAGUGGGACAAAGAGAGAGAGAGACUAGAGAAGUAAGAAUAAGAACAGAAAAAUGCACGUUGAUUUGAGUUUUGAGUUGCGAGUUCCUGUGUUCGUCACCGCACCCAAACGUGAUGACUGAUGUCUUUUUAUGACCGGAAGUGGAGUGAGGGUUAAUUAAUAUGCAAGAAGUUCAUUCAAUCGGAUCGAAAAUGAUAGUGGAAUGGUUGUUCAUUAUACCUUAAACUGUAUCGAACUGUUUUGUCCUAUUAAGUAAGAUUUUAAUUGUAUUUUGUGCCUCUAUCAAAUCUUCCGAAAGAAAUAAUUGCCCUUGUUACAAGAAUGGAUGAGGGAACAUUAAAUGAUUUAUUAGAGUGUUCGGUAUGUCUGGAUCGACUGGAUACUUCGAGUAAAGUGCUUCCCUGUCAACACACUUUUUGUAAGAAAUGUCUGGACGAAAUCGUGCAAAAACACAAAGAAUUGCGAUGUCCGGAAUGUCGUGUUUUGGUGCAAAUCAAAGUGGAGGAUUUGCCUCCAAACGUGCUCUUAAUGAGAAUUUUGGAGGGUAUGAGGAAUGCCAUUCCAAAAAAGGUACAUCGUUCAAAUAGGGGUUCUCCAAAUCUGACUCCAGCACCUAUUGUUAAUACGACUCCCAUUCAUCAGCAACAUGGUACACCUGAUCAUCGAAUUAAUUCUAAUAAACAGAAUUCUCUACAUUUGAUUCCACAUCAGCCGUAUGCAAAAGCAAUGUACGACUAUGCGUCAAAAGAAGCGGGGGAUUUGAGCUUCAAACGAGGAGACAUAAUAAUCUUACGUAAAAGAAUAGAUAGCCAUUGGUAUCAAGGUGAAUGUGCUGGAAAGCAAGGAGUUUUUCCACUAAGUUAUGUUCAGGUUAUUACCCCAUUACCUAGCCACAUCCCUCAGUGCAAAGCUUUAUACGAUUUCCGCAUGACUAAUGACGAGGAAGAGGGUUGCUUGGCAUUUAACAAGAAUGACAUUAUCAACGUCAUCCGACGAGUGGACGAAAAUUGGGCCGAGGGAAAACUGGACGGUAGAAUAGGAAUUUUCCCGCUGGCUUUCGUAGAAAUGAACAACCUGGCCAGAUCUCUAAUGAAACUGUCCUCAAACGCCCAACCAGGUCCCUCCCGUUUGGCACCUCCCACCCCUACUACUGAAGAUAGUUCGCCGCUAAUACUCACGGAUCACUCCAGAAAUGUCGUGACACAGCAGCAAAUUCCCCAAACCGUUGUGCCUCAUUCCCAGGCAUCUGUACAGCAAGGCAACUUGGUGACGUCCGAUUCAAGUUCAACCGUAAGUUCGGGGAGUUCUUCUACUACUACUCCAAACAUCUCGUCGAGUAAUACCUCGUCCACGUCUAGUACGGCCCCGUCUUCCCCGGCCUCACCACCGCCAAGAAGCCAGCCUUUGCCACCGAAAAAUAUAGCGCAGAAACCGGACAUUCUUCUGAACUCUAACAAAUGCAGCACUCCACAACGCUCCCCCCAGCCGCAGAAUUCUCAUUCGUUGGACGGCCACAGUUCCUCCCACCAACAGAAUAAGGAAAAACGUCACAGUUUCACCAGUUUGACACCGGCCCAUCACGGCUCAACUAACCACAAUCGCCAUUCGGCUGAGAUCGUGGCCAGCGAAGCUCAUAAUAAUUCCUCCAGUCACUCUCAACCACCAGAAAGAAAUAGGAGAAACGGUCAUCCUCAGGGUGUUCCAGAAUUGGUGUUACCCGCCACUUACAUAGCUUUGUAUGCUUACAAGCCGCAAAAACCGGAUGAGUUAGAGCUGCGGAAAGGGGGUAUAUACAUGGUUACUGAACGUUGCCAAGACGGCUGGUUCAAAGGCACAUCCAACAGAACGCAGAAGUGCGGCGUUUUCCCUGGCAAUUACGUCACUUUGGCGAGGGGCGGGCCCAACCUCCACUCGUCCUCCUCCAAGGACGGUUCAGGUGACUCCAAGCUUCCCGUAAGUUUCACACGGAGUGGCAAAGGCGUGUCGUCCUCCCGCACCGCUUGCAACCCUCCAGAGCUGCCACCUCGCUCGAUAAGUCCCGCUACCACCGGCAAUACUAUCUCGUCCAGCUGGCAUGGGCAGCAAGACAACGCCGCUGUGCCGCUGGGACGCAGUAGUAGCGCCAUCAUGUCUUGCGUUAAUAAUGCACACAUAACUGUGGGUAGCGCCACCAUCGCUAAAGCUUCUGAUAAGUCGAAGGAACGUAAAGAGAAAGGAACAGUCAGCCUUAUGCGCAGAUUAACCAGCAUGAAACGUUCCAAGUCGCCGCCCCCAUGUUCUUAUUCUAUGGACAAUCCGGUGUUUGAAGAUGGCUCGUUGGGUGUACCAAAAUCCGCACCUGCUCAUCCGGUGCAUGUCAGGUCUGGAUCUUGUCCGAGUCAACUGCUACAAAUUCAGCCCACCGAGCAUCAUCGUUUGUUUGGAUCUACCUCACAACGCCAUAAACAUAAAGAACGCCCUACUAUUCUUACUCACAGUCCCAGGACUGUAGAAAAUCCAGCGGGUAGUUCCGGUUCGAGCCCAGAUAUCCAUCGUCACAGAAAAUCUAACUCUCUAGAUGCGGGUAACAAGCCUAAGACAGGUGUUCAAACAGUACGGGAAAGGUUUCGCUGCAUCGCUCCUUAUCCACCUAACAGUGAGUAUGAGUUAGAACUUCAAGUUAACGACAUAAUUUAUGUUCAUAAGAAACGGGAUGACGGUUGGUAUAAGGGGACUCAGCAAAGGACGGGAAGAACUGGUCUUUUUCCCGCUAGUUUUGUAGAAAGUUAUUGAUUUUUAUAUAGGAAAAUGUUAGUUCAAUUUUUCGUAUAUAAAAUUUAUCCAAAUAGUGUUAAAUGACUUGAGAUCUUCUAUGAAAGAAGUCUUUAAUACUUUAACUAUAUGUAUAAAAUCUGCAAUAGGAUAUCUUCAAUAAUAAAUAAAGAAGUUACUUAUAAAUAUGAUCCUUAGGUUAGUACUGGGAUUUGUUCGUAUUUCUUUUAGAAAAUGUUUAUUUUUUUAUACGAGUAUUUUCCCUUUAAAUUUUUAUAUUCUAUUUUC